GCAGUGCUGCAACAAGACGAUGGCGACGGCCUGCGUCCGCUUGAAUAUUACAGCAAACGCAUGCCCAGCCACAAGGUAGCCACUUCCACAUACAUGCGGGAGCUCUACGCCUUGCGCGAGGCGCUCACGCAUUGGAAGCACUAUCUCUUGGGUCGCCACUUCAAGGUCUACUCAGAUCAUCAGACCUUGCAGUGGAUUAAGACACAAACCGAUCUUUCUCCAACGCUGACCCGCUGGUUGCAUGAUAUUGAUGUCUUCGACUUUGAAUUGAAGCAUAAGAAAGGCUGCUAUAAUCGUGUUGCUGAUGCUCUAUCGCACCAUCCUGAGUAUUUGACUUGCCUGGUGGAUUCCUACGACCUCCGCAGGAAACUGAAGGAGGAUCUGAUCGAACACACCGCCAAGGAUCCGGACCUUAGUCCCAUCCUUGAGCAACUCAAGGCUGACCCCAACAGCCAGCCUGAUUUUCAUGAAUGCGAUGGUCUUGUAUUCCGCCGGUAUGAGAAAUUUGAUCGCUUGUGUGUUCCUAACCAUGCGCCUCUCCGGACUCAUUUCCUGGAUUUGGCACAUGGUCGGAAUGGGCAUUUCGGCUUUGAGAAGACUUAUGAAAGUCUUCUCCAGCAGUUUGAUUGGCCAGGAAUGAAGGGAUCUUCUCAGAAAUUUAUUGUUGAGUGUCAAGUCUGUCAGAGAACCAAGGUCCACAGGCAUAAGCCUUAUGGCCUGCUGAGACCUCUCCCAAUCCCUGAUGGCCCCGGGGAAUCGGUCUCUAUCGAUUUCACGGACAUGGGGAAGGUGAGUACGGCAGGGAAUUCACAAGUCAUGGUCAUUGUGGAUCGCUUCUCUAAAUUUCUGAAUCUGAUUCCUCUACCUCCUCAUGCACUGACUGAACUGGUGAUCGAAGAGUUUCACCAGCAGUACAUUCUGCAGUAUGGGCCACCGAAAACUCUUGUGAGUGAUCGGGACACCAGAUUUAUCAGCAAGCAUUGGAAGGACUUCACUGCCCAGAUCCAUGACAUCAAACUGAACAUGACUUCUGGUCGACACCCCGAAGCCAAUGGAUUGGCUGAGGAAAUCAACCAGACCGUCACCUAGCUGCUGCGCGCAUUGAUUGUGCUAGAUCAGAACACAUGGGAUAAGGACUUGCAUAAAGUAAAGGGGCUGUACAACA